GGCAGCGGGGCGACCCCGGGGCGGCGGGGCGCGCUUCGCCAUGGAGGGCAUGGACGUGGAUUUGGACGCGGAGCUGAUGCAGAAGUUCAGCUGUUUGGGUACUACCGACAAGGACGUGCUGAUCGGCGAGUUCCAGAGGCUCCUCGGUUUCCAGCUUAGCCCGGCCGGCUGCGCUUUCUUCCUCGACAUGACCAACUGGAAUCUACAAGCAGCCAUUGGAGCCUAUUAUGAUUUUGAGAGUCCAAACAUCAACGUACCCUCCAUGUCCUUUGUUGAAGAUGUCACCAUAGGUGAAGGAGAGUCCAUCCCUCCUGACACCCAGUUUACAAAAACAUGGAGGAUACAAAACACAGGGACAGAGGUCUGGCCUCCAGGAGUUUGUCUGAAGUACGUUGGGGGAGACCAGUUUGGCCACGUAAACAUGGUCAUGGUCCGGUCCCUGGAGCCCCAGGAGAUUGCAGAUGUCAGCGUUCAGAUGUGCAGCCCCAGCACAGCAGGAAUGUAUCAGGGACAGUGGCGGAUGUGCACUGCCACAGGACUGUAUUAUGGAGAUGUCAUCUGGGUGAUCCUCAGUGUGGAAGUGGGAGGACUUCUAGGAGUAACACAGCAGCUGUCAUCCUUUGAAACGGAGUUCAACACGCAACCGCACCGCAAGGUAGAAGGAAACUUUAACCCGUUCGCCUCUCCACAGAAGAACAGGCAACCAGAUGAAAACAACCUAAAAGACCCUGGGGGUUCUGAGCUAGGCACAAUCAGCAAAAACACGUGGGGGCCUGCUCCUGACCAAAUUGAACAAGAUCAGAAUGGACUGUCACAAAACUCUGUAAAUCUCUCCCCCAGCAGUCACUCGAACAACUUGUCGGUAGUGACAUACAGUAAGGGUUUCCACGGUCCUUAUCCCUUCGGACAGUCUUAAAACACACACACACAAAAACGGGUAUCGGCAAGAGGAGAAUUUAACAGAGAACUGACUUGUGGGGGAAGGGAGAGGGGGAUUCAUGUGGCAAACAGACGCGGCGUGGAGCCCCCUUCUCUGCCUCCAUGUUCUGGAUAAAGAAGACAAAAAAAAAAAGCCCAAUAACUUAAGACUGUUUCCGGAGGAAAGAUCUCAGUAUGCAUGUGUGAAUGCUGAAUUUCAGGAGUGCUGUUUAAUGCUAUGAGAAGGAAACUAUACCAACACCGUGAUUUUUUUUUUUUUUCUUUUUAGAAGUCAUUCUCACACAGGAUAAUUAGGUAGCUUGAGAAGUUUAAGAGAGAAAAUGAAAUGAAAAAGCCAUCUUUUUAAGCAAUUUUGCCUACGGAGCGGUUGUAGUUUGAGCAAAUGUUUAAUUUGUUUCUCUCCUGUUUUUUAAAUAAGGGACAGCGUGCAUUUGUGUGGAACUGUCAUGUUUUGCUUGUUACCCGAUGGACGUUUGCUUGGCAUCUUCUGGGGGUUUGUGCAGUGACUUCUUUGUGUUGGAUGUGUUUGAAUGGUGGGUUGGGUCUGUACCCAGCUCAGCGUUUUUAAUUUCACUUCUGAUUUUAUUUACCCACUUCUUAAUUCUUUUUGUGUCGUCAUUUGUUUCCUUUUGGUUUGAGUGUUGCUGUCAGUUGCCCUGCUGAGGACCAGGUCUCAGCAUCACAGUUGAAGAGAGGGACUCUGGGACUGGGGUAGGAUAAAGGAGGGCUCAUUUCCCUUCCUCUUGCACGUGAAGUGCUCGUAUACACAACCCUAUGAAUAAGAAACAGACCUAUUAAAGUUCCAGAGCUGUUCUAUGUGGUUAGCAUUUUAAGAUACUUUUUUUCUCUUAACUCUUGAUGUACAAUAGCUGUGCCUAGAGCCACCAAGCGAGUGUACUGGUCCUGUGCCAAGAGGAAACUACUUUUCUGUAGCUGUAAUUCACUCGGCAGUAGUCGCGAAGCUUUGCAAGUCACCUCCUUGUUAGUUUUGAGUCUCCCAUCUCUCUCAUGCAGUAUAAGUUUGAAAUCCUUUCUCCUGUUAGGAAGCAUUACUUAGAGGCUAAAUCUUUGCAGUUUUGAAUGUAGAGCAAGAGUUAGAAUCAGCAGCUGGAUUCCACUCUGUCGCCUUGUGUUCAUUCGCCUUUAUCAUCCUUGUGUAGCUUGGAGGCUCUCACCCUUCCAACGGGCUCCAGGGCUUGUUGCCAGAGGAGGACUUGUUCCUCUAAAGAUACGGGUUGCUCUGCUGUUCCUGCAGUGUAUCUUCAUGCAGUUAUUGAUUGGAAAGCCCAGCGGGAAGGGGGGAGAGGGGCCUCGUGGGUUCCUGAGGGCUGUGUGCCCCCAGCUCCUUCUGCAGGGCACUGACUGACAGGAGUCCUGCAGGCCAGAAGAGCCAACUGCCAAAGACACAACGAUAUGCAAAUACCCCACAACCUUCUUCCUGACCUUUCUGGUGCAGACUCCUUUCAGAGCAGAGCGCAGGCUUGCUGCUGCUUGGUGCGUGGCAUUUUCUUGAUUUGUUGUGGAUGGGGGAUCAGUUUGCAUUCCAGCUGCCAACCAGAGCAUACAGGUGCUUCUUGUGGAGGACGGUGGGUCUUCUCUGGAUCCAGCAGAGGAAGAAUUGGACCUUUGGGAGCACGUGUGGUUUGGUGAACAGACCUGGGUCUGUGUCAGUGUCAUGACAGUCAGCAGCUUGCUGGAGCUGGUAAGUGGUACAGGUUCAGACUGAAUGUGCCCGUGGAAGGUAGUGCUGCACUGCCUGGUGCCACUGCGGUGUUUUGUUCUUGUCCUGUACCAUCUUUCUGCCCUGAUGAAGUUGUAUUCUCUUAGCAUUCAGUCUAGGGAGUAGUUUGCCUUGCUGCAUUGUAGCUUGGGCAAGUGGAUUCUGCCUCUGCUCCUUCCUUUCUGAGCAGGUGGUUAAUGUGCCAAGCUCUGAAGGCAUGAACUUGACCAUCACAUCUACAACACUGCCACUGCCCUUCUGAAAGCAUCUAAAACACUGCAGGCUGCUGUUUGUCCAGAUGAUGAGGUGUUUCCUUAUCUUUAUAGCUCCCUUUGUCAGCUGUGUAAUGGAAGGAGGCAGGGGAAGGAAAUUAGACCUCAUACAGCAGCUGGUGCUGCAACCUUUGCCUUGAGUCAGCUGGGAGACCCUCGAGCCUCAGAUCCCCCCGCUUCAGCUUUCUGCUCCCAGGCACGUCUGCUCGUCGUGUAGAGAAUGGCUGCCGAGCUUGUGUUCCUGUGCUGCUCCUGCUAAUGAACCUUCCUUUUCUUGAGAAAAGCUUGCAUGAUGCACCCCACGUAGCCCUGUGCUUUCCCACUCAGAAGGCAUCCUUGUUCGGCACAGAUCUGGAUUCUCUCCUCAGCGUUUUCAAUCCACGGUGUCCUUGUGGCAAGAGUUGUUUGCUCCAGGCUGUGCAGAAAGGCAGGGCCAGAGCUGAGGUGCUGCUGAAACCUGCAGCCUGGUGCUGCUCACCGUGCAGCUGAGCCCUGGGGAGCUGAGCGUCAGCCCUCAUCUGUGGGAACGACCUCUGCAAAUGAUGGUGCAGAGCUGCAGAUGCUUUGGGAGCCAGGGCUGUAACCCUGCUGUGACAGCGAGAGAACGUUGGAAUUAGAGGUUGCUCUACCCUCUGGGAUUUUCCUCUCGUGAGAACUGUUUCUCUGAGGCCAAAGGUGGUUUUGUCUCCUCUGGUUCCUUGAAAUGCAGUGAUACAGCCAGCCCCCAAAUUGCUCGUGCUGUCAGCUUUCCUGAUCUUAAAUAGAGAGGUCUGAGAUAUUCAGGUGUUGUGGGGGGAUCCGUAUUGAUUUCUCUAGGGCUGAUGCGUUCAAACUCGAACACCAGGCAGGCGAAACCAGCGGCGUGGUUUGUCCCCACUGCUGGGCUGCAGCUCACAGGAGCCGGCCGAGGCGGGUUGUGCACACAGAGCUUGGGCUGGUGAGAAAUAAAAGAAACCAUUGGGAGGCUGCAUCGGCCCAGUGGGGCUGGCACCCGCUGCCCCUCCAAAAAGGAAAAAAGCUGCAAUACAUCUCCGCUCUCUCAAGUCAGAUCCCUGUGUUGGGCACCAACAGCGGGCCGUGCGCCCUGCGAGAGCCCAGGAGUCAGAGCACAGCGGAGUUCAGCCCCAGGGCUCAGGCUGCGCUGAGCUGCAGCGUGGGGACGAAGCUGCAGGGCUGGAGAGCAGCCGGAGCUGCAGGGCUGGGGAUGCACGCUGUCCCACGUCUGGGUUUCUGUUGUGUGUUUAAUUUCUUUCCUUGUGUGAGUGAGUGGUGGUUCUGCAGCCUGUCUGUUCUCUCUGGGGGGAGUGCAUGUGUAGAACAGGAUGGUGUGUUGCCUCAUCGAGUCUGGGAGAAGUCCUGUGACAGCACAUUGGGGGUAAAAAAAAUGAAAAAUAAAGAGGAAGCUUUUUCCUUGAUGUA